UACUGAACACUUCCUCGCAGAGAAGCUCAGCAGAACAACUGACUAGCAAACAUGGUUUGGGAAGGAGGAAUUGAGCCUAAUGGCACUGAGGGCAAGAACUUCUACAUUCCCAUGUCCAACAGGACUGGGAUUGUUAGAAGUCCUUUUGAAUACCCUCAAUAUUACAUGGUGGACCCAAUGAUCUACAAGCUGCUAGCUUUCUACAUGUUCUUCCUGAUCUGCACUGGAACUCCCAUCAACGGCCUGACAUUGUUUGUGACGGCACAGAACAAGAAGCUUCGGCAACCUCUCAACUACAUCCUGGUCAACCUGGCUGUGGCUGGACUCAUCAUGUGCUGCUUCGGCUUCACCAUCACCAUUACAUCUGCUAUCAACGGCUACUUCAUUCUUGGACCCACUUUCUGCGCUAUUGAGGGAUUCAUGGCCACACUUGGAGGUGAAGUUGCUCUCUGGUCACUGGUCGUCCUGGCUGUUGAGAGAUACAUUGUCGUCUGCAAACCCAUGGGAAGCUUCAAGUUUGCUGGAACUCAUGCUGCAGCUGGAGUCACAUUCACCUGGGUCAUGGCUAUGGCUUGCGCUGCUCCCCCACUUGCAGGCUGGUCCAGGUACCUUCCUGAGGGCAUGCAGUGCUCCUGCGGACCUGACUACUACACUCUGGCUCCAGGCUACAACAAUGAGUCAUACGUCAUCUACAUGUUUGUCGUCCACUUCUUCGUUCCUGUCUUCGUCAUUUUCUUCACCUAUGGAAGCCUUGUCAUGACAGUCAAAGCCGCUGCAGCCCAGCAGCAGGACUCAGCUUCCACUCAGAAAGCUGAGAAGGAAGUGACUCGCAUGUGCGUCCUGAUGGUCAUUGGCUUCCUGGUAGCUUGGACACCAUAUGCCACCUUCGCCGGUUGGAUCUUCCUGAACAAGGGCGCUGCCUUCACUGCCCUGACUGCAGCCCUCCCUGCUUUCUUUGCAAAGAGCUCUGCCUUGUACAACCCUGUUAUCUAUGUGCUGAUGAACAAACAGUUCCGUAACUGCAUGCUGACCACUAUUGGAAUGGGCGGCAUGGUGGAGGAUGAGACCUCAGUCUCAACAAGCAAGACAGAGGUGUCCACUGCGUCUUAAUCAUGAUGACCUCCUCAAACCUGUGGACACUAUCCUUACUGAUUGUUUCCAGAUUUUGAAUGGUCCCAUCAAAAAAAGUCUUGAACUUUUGCCAAAUGGAUUCGUGGAUGUCACAACAGACUCUGGACCAAACCAACUAAGGAAUUCUAUCCCAUCUGUUAAUAUAUGUAAACUAAGAAGUGUAAAGAAAUCCAUCUGCUGUGGAUGUUAUCUUGUAUAGCAUUUGUGCAUCUGUGUGCAUGUGAGCGCCUGAGUGCGUGAGGGAGAGAGGGUGAGUGAAGCCACACUCUCAAAUCUCUCCAGGCAAACUGUAAAUCUGUCAUGCUAUCACAUGUGUGGAAUUUUCAUGUAAUUAUAUGGGGGAGCAUGUAUGUCACUGGUCUGCCAGUGGUGGUAUUUUUAUGAAUUUAUUUAAAAAGAAACAAAAAAUAUAUAGUAUGAAAUAGAAAAUAAAUGCAUGCAUAAAAAACAACAAA